AAUUCGAGAAAAUGCGUCUAUUAUGCCGGCGGCCGAAGAAAUGUGUCGUUUUGGUUUCCUGCAUUUUAACUUUUGUAUGGAUUUUUGUAAGUAUCAUUGACCUGAUAUUUGGUUUAAAAACAACAGAUUCACUAUCCACAAUCUCAAGUCAAAAUAAAAAAAGAGAACUCAAAGCAUUCAUAACUUCUGCAUAUUAUUAUCCAACUUCAAAAAGUUUGGGUGAGAAUGCUUUGGCACUUGUUAUGAGCAUCAACUUGGUGAAUGGCCCAAACGAUCAGGCUCCAAUACCAGCACCGGCAGAACUUGUAAUAUCAGCAAUAAACUCAACUUCUAGUAUUUUAGUGCAGACUCCAUAUUUCAGAGUGACUCCGCACGAAGUAUGCCAAAUAAUUACAAUAUUUGCCACAACACAACUACUGCCAAAUGUAAAAAGUGUCAGUAUGGUUGGGGAAAAUGGAAUGGUUGAGAUUCCAUUCAAAAUACCUUCUUAUGUGCAACGUGAUGUUGUUGUCUGUACGUCACCGUUGUUUGUCAGUGAGCAGUGGCAAAAUUUUUUGUUUGCAGCACAUAUUUAUAGAAGAUUUGGAGCUCACAUGAAUCUGUACCUCAUCAGUUCAGUCACAUCAUUUUAUGAACUUAUGAAAGAAUAUGAGAAGGAGGGAUAUGUGACUAUUCAACCUUGGGUUAAAGUGCACUUUCCAGGAGUUCCAAAAGAAAUUGCAGAUCCAUAUAAUCAAAUUGAAUUUAGAAAUCAAGCAGCUUCACAGACAGAUUGUCUUUUACAAUUUAAGGAGUCAGCGAGAUUUAUAACAUUCUUGGAUUUAGACGAUGUUCUUAUUCCAAGAUUGGCUCCAACUUAUGCAGAAGAAUUUCAAAAAUUGAUGGAUGGAAAGAAGAAACUUGCUUAUAUAUUCUAUCAUAAGGAAAACUAUGAUGCAGUUACAACAAGAUUUGGUUCAAAGUUCUCACUAAAAAAGAUGUUUGGAAGUUUGGCAUGCAAACACAAGCGAGAAACUGGAAAAAUUGUGGUCGAUCCUAGAAGUCUCAACUACACUUGGAUACAUUUUCCGCCUAUUCUGCCUAAUGGAUUAGAGAAAUACGAAGUGAAUGAAAAUGUCAUUACUCAUUUGAAGACUAUUUUCUGGAGCUCUGAACAAGAUUCGAGAAGUAAACAAUUAAUUGAGCCCAUGUAUUUUGAUAAUUCAACUGCAAAAAUAAUAUCAAGCAGGACGAUUUUGAGCAUUGAGGACGAUCUUCGUAGAAUGAUGAGAAAGCCAAAACUUCGAGAGAUAUUCAAGAAUCUUCCAAAUAUUCAUUAUUUCACUGAUUUAAUUGUCAAAUGUUAUAAUGAUCGAUAUUAUAGGUAUCAUUAUUCUGGAAGAAUCGGAGAAAUUAAAUGCCCUGGACCACAGUUGUGUAGUUUUCAACAACAUCCAAAAAUCAAGUGUAUGCAUGUAAAUGCAACUCAUGAUUCUAUGGAUACACUGUUUCCAAUUACUUAUUAUUAUGUGAAAGAUAUUCAUUUUACCUCAAAAAUUGGUUGUUAUGCUCAUUAG